GGCAACUGCCAUUGCGGCGCCAUCAAAUUCACCGUCGACGUCCCCGACGCCCUCGCCCCAGAGGGAUCCCGCCACAUCCUCCGCUGCAGUUGCAGCAUUUGCACCAAGAAUGGCUACUUCCUCCUCCACGUCCCCGUGGGGGACGUGCACUUCGUCGACUCCUCGUGGGACAAGAUGAAAAUCUACCGCUUCGGGAGCAAAACCAUCGACCAUCGCUUCUGCGGCGAGUGCGGGAGCAGCGUCUGCAUUGAUUUGCAGAAUAUCCCCAUCGAGCAGAUGAAGGGCAAGAUUGCCAUUAAC